AUGUACACUGAUCAGGGCACUGAUGAUCAGUGUAGCCCCAGCAGUGCCACCUGCCAAAAUCCAUCAGUGCCAGCUGUCAGUGUCGAUCAGUGCCAGUGCACAUCAAUGCCACAUAUCAGUGCCCAUCUGAGCUGCCUUUCAGUGUCAUCCAUCAGUGCCAGUCAGUGCCACCUAGUGCCAUAUAUCAGUGCCAUGUAUCAGUGCUGCCUUUUUAGUGCCCAUCAGUGAUGCCUGUCAAUGCCACCUACCAGUGCCUCCUCAUCAGUGCCACCUAUCAGUGUCCAUCAGUGCAGCUUAUCAGUGCCCAUCACUGCAGCCUCCUUAGCGCACAUCAGUGAAGGAGAAAAAUCACUUCUUUACAAAAUUUUAUAA